AGCAGCCACUUCAAGAACUUCUUUUCCGGAGGGUGACAGCUCCCAUUCGUGGCCAUGGGAGCUAGAGGCAGUGUCUGGGUCGGAUAUCAAAGUCAACUUCCGCAAUAGGACAAGGAUAAGAAGAAGUGAGUGGGAGAAAGACUGCAUGCGGAGAACGCGGAAUGAUGACCGCUUUUUCCUCGCUCAUUUCGACGCAAUCAUUUCUUAAGAUUACUACCUGCUCUUUGCUCUAAUUAUCCAUCUCCAUGUAGAUAUUGUUUGAAGCUGUGAAGGUGAUGCGUUGUCUCCACAAUGACGCCUAUAAUAUGAAUGCAAGGAAGAUCAUGCUGAAUUGGGGAAAGGUGAAGCUCUAAAAAUCGGGUCUGUCUACCUUCAACCUGUGGUAUGUCAUCGAGACCGCCACUAGGGAUAUCAAGAAGAAGCUUCUCGCAACUUAUCCUGCAGAAUCGCGCUUGCGAGGAUUGUAUGCGAGGAUAGCCGCGGAUGGAAAACAAGUUGAGGAUUUGGGUAAGAG